GCUGAGGGUUGAACUCCACCUCCCGGCAGGAUGCGGCUCAGCACAGCAGCCGUGCUUCUCCUGCUGGCCAGCUGCCUCUCUCCAGGCCACGGUAUCCUGGAGGCCCAUUACACAAACCUCAAGUGUAGAUGUCCCAGAAUGAGCUUGGCCUUUGUCCCUCCAAACCUCAUAGAGCGGAUUCAAGUCACACCUCCUGGGAAUGGCUGCCCAAGGACUGAAGUCGUGGUCUGGACGAAGAGUAAGAAAGUUCUAUGUGUGAAUCCUCUCGCCAGAUGGUUACAAAGAGUAUUAAAAUUUGCACAGAGCAAAAAUAUAUUUUCAACUCCCCCAGCUCCAGUGAGCAAGAGAAGGACGACCUGAAGCCCCUGUCCUCCAAAGGUCACCUGCAUCCUCCUUAUCCCUGCUUUGAAUUUUAGCUUUGCUCUUAGUUGAAGAAUUUCCAAGAAAAGAAAUUCCUUUUGCAAACAAACACGACUGUGUACUCAGCCUACAUCCUUGUUCCACAAAUAACGAAGGUUUUUUGAGGAUAGGUGUUACGUUACAACCCACUUGGCACAUGUUUGGUAAUAGACCUGUUGUUUAAUGUGAAACUGUCCUGGGUUGUAGAAGAACAGGACCUGUAUCUUGUAUUAAUAAGAACGUUACAGGGUGUGUUUCCAUCGUUCUAUACCCUUAGGGGAAGCAGGUUUCCAGAAUAGUCUCCAGAAGCUUCCUGGGCAGCUGAUGCAGUUCUAGCCUCACGUGAUACAAAGUAGGUCUCUGUAAUGAAAAGCCUAUGAAGAAAAUAGAGUCCCUCUAGUUUUUAAAGGUUUCUUGUAUACAAUUUAUUGUCUUAGAUUAAAACCAGCAAUGUUGAAAGAUCCUAGGCUUAAAAUUCCAGGCUCUCCAGCAGUAUACAAAUGCAUUCCUUUGCACUGUGGCCCUGAUGAUUUUUUUAUUCACAUCUUUCGCACAGACAAAAAUACAAGUCUCUUGUAUCAAUUGUUUUAAUGUUUCCUGCUC